AAAACAACGAGGUGUCAUGGCGGAGUCGAUGACUGUCUUGUACUAUGUUGUCAGUAAUAUCCCUCCGAAUUUCCGAUCAGCCGAUUUGAGGAAUUACUUCAGCCAGUUUAUAGAGAGUGGGGGGUUCUCCUGUUUUCACUACCGACACCGACCGGAGGUCCUCAAAGAUCCAGCGAAAUCCGGGGAACAUCUCGAACCGGAGCACGACCAGGUGAAAACAGUAGAGGAUUCACGGGACACCGAAGCCGGGGAAGGAAGGUCCGAGUCAUCGGAUCAAAGUAAACAGGUCGCCUCGACCAAGAACGAGAAAACAUGCUGCUGUGUGGUCUCGGUUCACGCCAAAGAGGGGGAGCGAUUUGUGAAAAUGUACGCCGGGAAUCAGUGGAUUGACUCUAAGGGGAACUGGCUCGCAAGACGCUGUGUGAUAAAAAGAGUCAAAGUGUCGGAUGAGACAGUCGAGAGCGGCUUCCCUUACAAGACGAAGACGGAGCUGAAGAGGCGCGUGGCGCUGACGGAGCGCUUCACGGAGGCCGACCUGCGGGGCCUGCCCGAAAUGAAUCCCCCGGCGCUGAUGCCCGCGGGGAACGUGGGCACGCCCAUCUCCACCUUCCUGCAGCUGAUCCAGUCCUGCCGCCUGCCCCCGCGCCUCAUCCGGCAGCUGGGCCUCACCUUCCCCAAGACGGGCUCGCGCCGUCGCUACGGCAACGUGCCCUUCCAGUACGACGACACGGACACGGUGCAGCCCGCCGAGGAGAGCGUCUACACGGCGAGUGGGGAGGAGAUCUCCGGCCCCGCGGGGGGCGCUCUCCCGCCCGCUGGCGUCCCAGCAGCGGAUGUCCCUCCGACAGCACAGGAAACCUCUGGUGCCGAUGGAGAGGAGUCAGAGUCGGGUCCUGAUGAUGAUGACGACAGGUGCGAGGAGUGGGAACGUCACGAGGCCCUGCACGAGGACGUCACCAGCCAGGAGCGCAGCAAGGAGAGGCUGUACGAGGAGGAGAUCGAGCUGAAGUGGGAGAAGGGAGGCUCGGGCCUGGUCUUCUACACCGACGCGCAGUACUGGCAGGAGGAGGAGGGAGAUUUCGAUGAGCAAACGGCGGAUGACUGGGAUGUGGAUAUGAGUGUAUACUAUGACAAAGAUGGUGGUGACAUGGAUGCCCGUGACUAUGUGAGAAUGCGUCGCGAGAAGAGGCUGAGAGAGGGGCUGGAGGAGGUGACGGUUCAGAAGCAGCCAAUUGGAAGCUUUGAAAAGUUCACAAAGGGAGUGGGCAGGAAGGUGAUGGAGAAGCAGGGCUGGCGUGACGGUGAGGGACUGGGCCACAGCCAGCCCGGGAUGGCAGAAGCACUGGAGACUGAAGGCCAGCACCCAAACUGCAGGAGGGGCUUUGGGUACCAUGGAGAGAAGCUCAGUUCAUUCCUUCCUGUGAAGAAACCCCGUCCAGACUUCCUCAUCUCCACUGUUUACGACCAGCCGAAAGACAUAGACAAAGGGGACACCCUGCUUCGGCGGCAGCCCCCCACCGGCAUGAAAUACAGAGACCGGCGGCCACAGAGCAGAACUGGCCCACACAGCUAACACCUCUGGAAGGUGUGCAGGACUCAGUGGUGCGCAUUCACAGAGCUGAAAUAGUAGCUGUGAAUAGAAUUGCAUUGUUCCAUUCACAGAACACAAAGCAUCGGAAAACUAUGGUGAAGCCAUAAA